AUGGAUUUCAACAGUCUGAAAGAGCAGGUCAGCAACCUGACCUUGUAUGAUAUCAAGGCGGGAGUCCGCAAGGUGCAGAAUGCUGUCAUGAACUACACCGAGAUGGAGUCCAAGGUCCGGGAAGCUACGAACAAUGAACCCUGGGGCGCUUCAACUACAUUGAUGCAAGAGAUCGCCAACGGAACUCACAGCUACCAGCUGUUGAACGAAAUUAUGCCGAUGAUCUACAAGCGAUUCACAGACAAGAGCGCGGAGGAGUGGCGACAGAUCUACAAGAGUCUUCAACUGCUGGAAUUUCUGAUUAAGAAUGGUUCGGAGCGCGUUGUCGAUGACGCCCGGUCUCACCUGUCCCUGAUACGGAUGCUACGCCAAUUUCAUUACAUCGACCAGAACGGAAAGGACCAAGGUGUUAACGUGCGCAACCGAUCGUCGGAGCUGGUGAAGCUGCUUGGUGAUGUGGAUCUUAUUCGCACCGAGAGAAAGAAGGCCCGUGCGAAUCGCAACAAAUUUGGUGGGUUCGAGGGCGGAAUCGGUUCCGGUGGAAUGGGUGGUAUGGGAGGCGGCUUUUCCGGUUCCUCCGGCAGGUACGGCGGAUUUGGCAGCGAUAGCCUGUCCUUUGGUGGUUACAGUGGAGGUGUCUAUGGGGACGGCGGCGGCUUUGGGGGUGCUUCUAGCGAGUUCCAGGAUGCGGGACGGAGAGGGAACCGGUUCGAGGAGUACGACGAGUACGAUGAGGGCGACGCCAGCCCGGCGCGGCGUCGCGGACCCAGCCCUCCACGUCCGAAGCAGGAAGCAAAGAAGCCCGAGCCUCCCAAGGCGCCCGAGCCUCCCAAGGCGCCCGAACAAGACUUGUUUGACUUUGGCGAGGAGGAGACCGUCACUGCUGCCUCCACGUCUACUGCGGCUGGCAAGAAGCCUGCCAGCAGUAACGGCCUGGAUAUUCUCGAGUCCAAACCGAUCGAUGACGAUGACGAGUUUGAUGAUUUCCAGUCCGCAACGCCAGCACCGCAGCCCACAGCCAACCAAUUCGCUAUUCCCGCGCCCGCGUCCACGGUCAGUACGACCUCGAGUACCCAGUUUGCCGCUCCUCGGCCCGUCUCUGGCGUGCAAGGGCCGAACCUGAAUGGGUUGGUCGGAUUUACAUCAAUGACCCCGACUCCGACAUCGAGCACGGUUGCCUCUCCCACACUUUCUCAGAGCUCCAUGGUGCCGCCAUCGCAGCAGGCAAAGCCCACACAGCCCGCGCAGCCCAAACCGACGGGCUUCCAGGCCGCCACUCCAAACUACUUCACCUCCGUUACCACCGCCACCGCACAGCAGCCAACGGCCACGACACCCGGCCACCGACCGGGCAUGCCCUCAACUUCCUCUUUCACUUCUGCCCGGAGCACGUCAUCGGUCGGUGGUAAACCGGCGGCAUCCAAAUCGUCGGGUGACGCCUUUGGAUCUCUGUGGUCGACCGCCAGUGCCAGUGCGGGCAUUCAAAAAUCAUCCGCAAAUGCUAGCAAGGGGCCCAAUCUAGCGAGUAUGGCUAAAGAGAAGGCUAGUGCGGGAAUCUGGGGAGCCCCGGCCUCGUCGAGCAGUUUCACUCCAACUUCUCCGUCUCCUUCGAUGAGCACAUCGACACAGCAACAGGGGACGAAGACCGGUAGUUCGGGACUUGACGAUUUGCUGGGCUAA